AUGUCUAGUGGCAACAGUGGAGCUAAAAAGGCUGAAGAAUUACAUCCUCAUCCAGUUAUGGAGCAACUUAAGAAUGUACAAUAUUGUGUUAACAGCCCACCACCUUGGGGGGAAGCAUUGCUCUUGGGAUUUCAGCAUUACAUAUUGAGUCUUGGUAAUAUUGUUUUAAUUCCAAGUAUCAUAGUUCCUCAAAUGGGUGGUGGCAAUGAUGAGAAGGCAAAAGUAGUACAGACAUUGCUUUUUACUUCAGGAGUGAAUACAUUACUCCAAUCCUUAUUUGGGACCAGAUUGCCAUUGGUAAUGGGAGGUUCAUAUGCAUACUUGAUACCAAUUACCUCAAUUAUCCAGGCUAAUAAUAAGUUCUCAGUUCUUCAGGAUCCUGAGCUGAGGUUUAUGCAUACAAUGAGGAGCAUACAGGGGGCUCUUAUUGUUACUUCUAUUUUCCAAAUUCUAUUGGGCUUCCUUGGCCUGUGGAGAAAUGUUGUAAGGUUACUUAGUCCUCUAUCUGUGGCACCACUUGUUACCUUUACUGGACUAGGGCUCUACCAUCUUGGCUUUCCAUUGAUUGCAGAAUGUAUGGAAGUUGGGAUACCACAAUUAAUUUUCAUGAUUUUCAUCACACAGUAUCUACCAGCAUAUCUCAAAUUAAAGAGGCCCAUAUGUGACCGGUUUGCAAUGCUUGUCUCUAUAGCAAUUGUAUGGUUUUAUGCAGCAAUCUUGACCUGGAGUGGUGCAUACAAGAAUGCAAAUGAAGCAAAUUGUCGCACUGAUAGCUCUGGACUCAUUGCUGGAUCUCCUUGGAUCGACAUGCCAUAUCUAUUCCAAUGGGGGGUUCCAACUUUCAAAUUUGGAGAUGCUUUUACUAUGAUGAUCGCUUCUUUUGUUGCUUCUGUGGAGUCAACUGGUGUGUUUCAUGCAUCAGCGAGAUAUGGAAGCGCUACACCAGUGCCACCUUCUGUCAUUAGCCGGGGUGUUGGUUGGCUGGGGAUUGGGACUAUGCUAAAUGCCGUUUUUGGUGGUGUCACUGGUUGCGCUGCUACAGUGGAAAACGCUGGUCUAUUGGCAAUGACACGAGUUGGAAGCCGAAGAGUCGUGCAAAUAUCUGCUGGUUUUAUGAUUUUCUUCUCCAUCUUGGGAAAAUUUGGAGCAAUCUUUGCUUUAAUACCUGCAUCAAUCAUGGCUGCAAUGUAUUGUAUCUUCGUUGGAUAUAUCGCAUCAGCUGGUCUUGGAUUUCUCCAAUUCUGUAACCUUAACAGCUUUAGAACAAACUUCAUAUUGGGAUUUUCUCUCUUCCUUGGACUUACCUUACCACAAUACUUCAGAGAGCAUCACAUGUGCUCUGUAUCUGGUCCUUUUCACACACAUUCAAGAUGGUUCAAUGACACAAUGUCUGUCAUCUUCAUGUCACAUGCCACGAUAGCUGCUGCAGUUGCUGUAUUUUUGGAUAGGACUCUUCCAUUAAGUAACGAUGAAGCUCGGAAAGACAAUGGCUCGCAUUGGUGGGACAAGUUUGUGGUAUAUACUAAUGAUGUUAGAAGUGAUGAGUUUUAUAAAUUACCAUGCCAACUUAAUAGGUUCUUCCCACCUUAUUAG